AUUAAGUUAUACACGAAGCAUGGUACUCUGAAAUACCAGACGGAUUGUGCUCCGAACAAUGGGUAUUUCAUGAUUCCCCUCUAUGAUAAGGGUGAUUUCAUUCUCAAAAUUGAGCCUCCCCUAGGGUGGAGUUUUGAACCAACCAGUGUAGACAUCCAUGUGGAUGGCAUUAAUGACAUUUGCACAAAAGGAGGUGAUAUUAACUUUGUAUUCACAGGGUUUUCUGUGAAUGGAAAGGUUCUUAGCAAAGGUCAGACAUUAGGUCCUGCUGGAGUCCAGGUUGUACUGAGAAAUGCUGGCAGUGACAUAAACCUACAAGCAACUAUUACACAGUCUGGAGGAAAGUUUGCUUUCUUCAAAGUGCUUCCUGGUGAAUAUGAAAUCUUUGCAUCUCAUCCUACCUGGAUGUUGAAAGAGUCAAACACGGUGGUACGGGUGACGAGUUCUAAUGCCUAUGCUGCUAGCCCUCUGAUUGUUGCAGGCUACAAUGUUUCUGGGUCAGUAAGGAGUGAUGGAGAACCAAUGAAAGGGGUCAUGUUUCUUCUUUUCUCCUCAUCAGUCACUAAAGAGGAUGUUGUGGGCUGCAAUAUUUCUCCUGUGGAUGGAUUCCAGUCGAGAGAUGACUCUCUAUCCUAUUUGUGCAGUGUUGUAUCAAAAGAAGAUGGAUCUUUCAGCUUUCUUUCUCUGCCAAGUGGGAAGUACACUGUGAUCCCAUUCUACAGGGGAGAGAGAAUUACCUUUGAUGUUGCACCAUCUAGAUUGGACUUCGUUGUAGAGCAUGACAGUUUACAGAUUGAGCCUGUUUUCCAUGUGAUGGGUUUCUCUGUCACAGGCAGGGUGUUGAAUGGUCCUGAAGGAGAAGGAGUUGCUGAUGCCACUGUGACUCUGAACAAUCAGAUAAAAGUAAAAACAAAAUCCGAUGGCUCUUUCCGCCUUGAGAACAUAACAACAGGUACAUACACAAUUCAUGCCAGAAAGGAGCAUCUGUUCUUUGAUACUAUUACUGUGAAGAUUGCACCAAAUACACCUCAGCUAGCAAACAUCAUUGCAACAGGAUUCAGUGUGUGUGGCCACAUCUCAGUAACUCGUUUGCCUGACACAGUCAAACAGAUCAGUAAAUACAAGGUAACCAUGACGUCUCAAGACAAGGACAAAGCAUCACUGGUUACAACAGAAACUGACCCUCAUGGAGCAUUUUGUUUUAAGGCAAAAUCGGGUACAUACAAUGUUCAGGUAAUUAUUCCAGAGGCUGAGACCAGAGCAGGAUUGGCUUUGAAACCCAAAAUGUUCCCUGUUACUGUUGUGGACAGACCAGUGAUGGAUGUGACCUUCUCUCAGUUUUUGGCAUCCAUCUCGGGGAAGAUCUCUUGUUUAGAUGCUUGUGGUGAUCUGGUGGUGACAUUACAGUCUGUGAGCCGCCAGGGUGAAAAACGCAACCUGCAGCUCUCUGGAAACGUGGACUCAGUGGCCUUCACGUUUGAAAAUGUGCUACCUGGCAAAUACAAAGUAAGCAUUGUACAUGAAGACUGGUGCUGGAAGAAUAAGUCUUUGGAGCUAGAAGUCACGGAGGAAGAUGUUUUGGGAAUAGAAUUCAGGCAGACUGGAUACAUGCUGAGGUGCUCUCUUUCUCACGCAAUUACGCUGGAAUUUUAUCAGGAUGGCAAUGGACCAGAGAACGUUGGUGUUUAUAACCUGUCCAAAGGAGUUAAUAGAUUCUGUCUUUCAAAGCCAGGUGUAUAUGAAGUGACCCCACGUUCCUGCCACCAGUUUGAACAUGAGUAUUACACUUAUGACACGUCCUCUCCUAGUAUACUGACGCUCACUGCAGUUCGACACCAUGUCCUUGGCACAAUUGUGACAGAUAAACUGAUGGAUGUCACUGUUACCAUUAAGUCAUCCAUUGACAGUGAACCUGCCUUAGUUUUAGGGCCCCUGAAAUCUGUACAGGAGUUACGUAGGGAGCAGCAGCUGGCAGAAAUUGAGACCCGUCGACAGGAGAGAGAAAAGAAGGGUCAAGAGGAGGAAGGAGCAAAGCCACCAGUGCAAGAAAUGGUAGAGGAACUCCAAGAACCAUUCUUAUAUGAGUUUUCCUAUUGGGCAAGGUCUGGUGAGAAAAUUACUGUAACACCAUCAUCAAAAGAACUGCUUUUUGAACCACCUUAUGUGGAGACAGUUGUUAGUGGAGAGAGUUGUCCUGGCAAGCUGAUAGAGAUUCGUGGAAGAGCAGGCUUAUUUCUGGAAGGGCGAAUUCAUCCUGCAUUGGAAGGUGUUGAGAUUGUCAUUGGUAAAAAGGGAGCAACUUCCCCACUCAUCACAGUUUUCACAGAUGCCAAAGGUGCUUACAGUGUUGGGCCGCUGCACAGUGACUUGAAGUAUACAGUUACUGCUCAGAAAGAAGGGUUUGUUUUGACUGCAGUAGAAGGAACAGUUGGAGACUUCAAAGCUUUUGCUCUUGCUGGGGUGACGUUCGAGAUCAAAUCGGAAGAUGACCAGGCACUUGCUGGAGUUCUCUUGUCUCUUAGUGGAGGGGUGUUUCGAUCCAACCUCCUUACACAGGAUAAUGGCAUGCUGACUUUUUCCAAUCUGAGCCCAGGACAGUAUUAUUUUAAACCCAUGAUGAAGGAGUUUCGCUUUGAACCAUCAUCACAAAUGAUUGAAGUCCAGGAAGGACAGAAUCUUAAAAUUCAGAUUACUGGCUACAGAACAGCUUACAGCUGUUAUGGCACAGUUUCUUCUUUAAAUGGAGAACCUGAGCAGGGUGUCUCAGUAGAAGCUGUGGGGCAGAAGGAUUGUAGCAUCUAUGGAGAAGACACCAUAACUGAUGAAGAGGGCAAAUUCAGGCUCCGUGGCCUUCUGCCUGGUUGUGUGUAUCAUGUCCAACUCAAAGCUGAAGGCAAUGAUCACAUUGAAAGAGCUUUACCACAGCAUCGGGCAAUUGAGGUUGGAAACAGUGACAUUGAUGAUGUUAAUAUUAUAGCAUUCCGGCAAAUCAAUCAAUUUGAUUUAAGUGGAAAUGUAAUUACAUCUUCUGAAUAUCUCUCCACGUUAUGUGUGAAGCUCUACAAAAGUGAAAACCUUGACAACCCAAUUCAUACAGUGAACUUAGGCCUAUCCCUGUUUUUCCAUUUCCCACCACUGCUCCGAGAUGGAGAGAAUUACGUAGUGCUCCUGGAUUCUACUUUAUCUAAAUCACAGUAUGACUACACCCUGCCUCAAGUCGCGUUCACUGCUAUUGGAUAUCAUAAACACGUUACACUGAUCUUUAGUCCCACUAGGAAGCUGCCUGAACAAGAUAUUGCCCAGGGAUCUUACAUCGCCUUACCACUGACUCUGCUUCUGUUGUUGGCUGGUUACAACCACGAUAAGCUUAUUCCCUUAUUGCUACAGCUGACAACUCGCCUGCAAGGAGUGCGUGCUCUUGGCCAGGCAGGUUCUGACACAGGUGGCUCAGAGGAUGCAAAGAGACAAACAAAGAAACAGAAGACAAGACGGACGUGAGAUGGAAGGGGUGAUGCAUGCAGUGCUGCUCUGUCAAACUGCAGCUUGAGAAAGUGAAGCCACUAAAAUGCAUUUUUGUUGAAUUUGCGGACUUUACAUUUUCAUUGUUGCACCAUUUGUCACACUAGCUCCAUUUUGGUUGUAAAUUUUCUAUGGACUCUAUAGAUUUCCUUGUUGUAAAGUAAUGAAAUGAAUGCCUAUG